AUGUCGCGCUCAGCCUACCUGGGGCAACCACCGGCCACUCAAGAUGACUUCUGGAUCAUCAAGGGGAUGUACAGAGCAGCCUACUCUUUCAACAAAGACCCAAGCAAAGGAUACCUUUUUGUCCCGAAGAAACCUGACCACUAUGAGUACAACGACAAGCAAGCCGGCAUCAUUCUCGGUAUGGCAGUGGCGAUAGCCAUCAUGUUCCUCACCACAGCUCUGCGACUCGCUCUCCGGCAGUUCAAGACAGGAGUGAGAUUUGGAGCAGAUGACUGGAUAUUGAUGCCAGCAGUGAUCAUGGCCAUACUAUACCCGAUCCUACAAAUAGCCAUGGUGACUCGUGGAGGCGGCGGGAAGCAUACCUGGGACGUCACUUAUGCUGAGUAUUACAUAUUCAACAAGCUUGCAAUCGUCUGCAAAAUCAUCUUCUUCACAACCGUCGGCAUAAUCAAGAUAUCGAUCUGUCUCUUCCUUCGUCGUAUCUCGGAAGCCUCAUCGAAAUACCCUCGCAUCGCCAAUGACGUCUUCCUGUUCUUGCUCAUAAGCUAUACGUUACUCGCACUGUUCUGGUCCUGCUUCCAGUGCUCGCCGGCACCUGCUAUGUGGGACAAGAUAUACUCCGGACAACUUGCACAGCCUGCCAAAUGUUGGUCAACGCUCGUGGUGGCGAACGCCCUCAGCGUGAUACACGUUGUCAUGGACUUUGUCCUGCUUCUGACGCCGAUAGUUGUUCUAUGGAAAGUACGACUGAACAAAAAGACGAAGAUCAGAUUGUUCAUUGUCUUUUCGAUGGGAUCAUUGUCAUGCGUGGCGAGCGUCCUACGUGAACUUGCACAGAAGAGUAUUAGCAAGGACAUUACUUAUGGCUACACAAGUCUAUUGGCAUGGACCGUGGUCGAUUUGACCCUUGCAGUAGUUGUCGCAUCACUACCUGUAAUCAGUGCACUCAUCCCCAAAGCUUGGGGUGAAAUAACCCAUUCAUCAAGAGUCCGCAGGACCACUCUCGGACAGGAUACUACUAGAGGAACUCAAAGACAGUCUGUUACUGGAAGAGCUCGUCGAAGUAGUAUUGACUCAGAAGAAGACGGCAUAUUGCGUGAGGACCGUAUCGAGUUGUCUUUUGCCAGGAACUCGAAACAAGUCGAACCGCGAGGUCAUUCUCAGGCUUCGUCGUUCGAGAAUCGGCAGACUGUGCAAGCAGUUUGA